GCGGAGUCAAUGGCCUGGGUGAUCUUGCAGGAUGAGAAAUGUGCACACAAGAGUUUUUCCAGGCUCAGCGGAGCCAGUUGGUGGGGCGGCUGGCCUUAAGGUCGUUGGAGAACUUUGAAAGUGUCCUGGACUAUCUGCUCUCUUGGGAAGUGCUUACUUGGGAGGAUUAUGAGAGUGUGAGCCUCCCUGGGCAGCCCCUGUCCACUCUGGCUCGACGUCUCCUGGAUAUUGUCUGGAAUAAAGGCGGGCAAAGCUGUGAGCUGCUCUUUGCUGCAGUGCAGAAGGCUGAGGGAGCAGAUGAACAAACAGAACCACCGAGGAGGUGGAGUCACAAUGAAUCCUGUCCAGCCCAGGACCUGCAGAAACACAGGCCGGUGAUUGUCAGGAAAAUCUAUGGCCACGUGGAAAGCAUUUUAAACCUUUUACUCGAACACGGUUUUAUCACCAAGUACGAAUGUGAUGAAAUCAGGCUGCCCAUAUUUACGUCAUCUCAGAGGGCAAGAAGGCUUCUUGACUUUGCAAAAGUAAAAGAUAAUGGAGUGGCCCAGUUUCUCCUCCAGCACAUCCUCCAGUUGCCUGUCCUGCCAGUCCCAUUUCCUGAUGCUACUGCAUGUAAGAAGUACAUGGCCAAGCUGAAGGCCACAGUGUCGGUCCAGUCUCGUUUCCUUAGCACCUAUGAUGGGACCGAGAAUCUGUGCCUAGAGGACAUAUACACAGAGAAUAUCCUAGAAAUUCGGAAGAAUCUCAGCUUGGGUGCACCCAGCCAGAAGGGCCACCACACUCUGGAGCUCUCUGAGAUCUUCAGUGAUAAGGGGUGCCUCAAUGAAGACGCGGACACUGUGCUACUGGUGGGAGAGGCGGGCAGCGGGAAGAGUACCCUUCUGCAGCAGCUCCAUCGCCUGUGGGCCACAGGCCAGCAGUUUCAGGAUUUCCUCUUUGUCUUCCCAUUUAGUUGCCGGCAGCUGCAGUCCAUGGACAAGCCAGUCUCGGUGCAGAGCCUGCUGUUUGAGCAGUGUUGCUGGCCGGAUGAGGGCCAACAGGAGGUCUUCCAGUAUCUCCUUGAUCAUCCUGAUCGGGUCCUGCUCACUUUCGAUGGCUUUGAUGAAUUCAAGUUCCGGUUCACUGAGAGAGAGACCCACUGUUCCCCGACCGACCCUACCUCCCCUCAGAAUCUGCUCUUCAACCUUCUGCGGGGCAAUCUAAUGAAGAACGCCAAGAAGGUACUGACAAGCCGGCCUCACACCAUCUGCCCUUUCCUCAGGAAGUACGUCCGCAAGGAACUCGGCCUGACGGGCUUUUCCCAGGAGGGGAUAGAGCUAUUCAUGAGGAAGCAUCACAGGGACUCUGGGGUAGCUGACCGGCUCGUCCAGCUGGUGAAAGCAACCUCGGCCCUGCACGGCCUAUGUCAGGUGCCUGUCUUCUCGUGGAUUGUGUCCAGGUGUCACAAGGAGCUCCUGCUGCAUGGCUCUGGCUUCCUGAAGACCACCACUGACAUGUAUCUGCUGGUCCUGAGGCAUUUCAUAUCACAUGCCUCCCCCGAGGACGUGGCCUGGGGCCUUGGGGCUGCCACCCUCCGGCCUCGGCUCCCCACCAUCCUGCGCCUGGGCAGACUGGCCCUGUGGGGCCUCGGGAUGUGCAGCUACGUGUUCUCUGCAGAGCAGCUCCGGGCCUCUGGGGUGGACGAGGAGGACCUUUCUCUGGGCUUCCUGGUGCCAUCUAAAAGCUUCUCUCCCGAGAGCUCAGCUCCUCUGGAAUUCUUGCACAUCACUCUGCAGUGCUUUUUUGCCGCUUUCUAUCUGCUGCUUGGUGCAGAUGUCACCCCUUCGGCGAUCAGAUACUUGUUUGGUGGGCACAAGAAGCCCCGUCAGUCUCUGCCUUGGCUGUUUCCCAUGGCCUGUGUCCAAUCCCCUGAGCAAGAAGAGACGGGUGUCCUAACUCUCUUGCAGAAAGCAGAACCCCACAAUGUCCAGAUUACAGCCGUUUUCCUGGCUGGCCUGCUGUCCCAGGAGCACUGGUGCCUGGUAGCCGAAUGCCAGGGGACCUCCACCCCGCUCCUCCAGAAAAAGAGCUGUGCCAGGCGGUGCCUGGCCCAAGGCCUCAGGAGGCACUUCCGGUCCAUCCCCCGGGCUGUGCCGGGAGAGGUCAAGAGUAUGCAUGCCAUGCCUGAGUUCGUCUGGUUGAUCAGGAGCCUCUAUGAGAUGCAGGAUGAGCAGCUGGCCCGGGAAGCCGUGAGUAAGCUGCACGUGGGGCACCUGAAGGUGACCUAUUGCAAUAUUGGUCCUGCUGAAUGUGCUGCCCUGGCUUUCGUGCUAAAGAACCUCCAGCAGCCUGUGGCCCUCCAGCUGGAUUAUAAUUCAGUGGGAGACAUCGGUGUGGAGCAGCUCUUGCCAUGCCUGAGUGUCUGCCACGCACUCUACUUGAGAGAUAACAACAUUUCUGACCAGGGAAUCUGCAGGCUGGUUGACCAAGCUCUACAGUGUGACCAGUUUCAGAAGCUCGCAUUGUUCAAUAACAAGUUGACAGAUGAUUGUGCUCACUCGUUGGCCAGCCUUCUCAAGUACAAGCAGAACUUCUUGGCAUUGAGGUUGGGGAACAAUCACAUUACUGCAGUAGGAGCCAAGGUGUUGGCUGACGGCCUGAAGGACAACGAUUCUCUUCAGUUUUUGGGUCUCUGGGGCAACACAGUGGGAGAUGAGGGAGCCCAGGCACUUGCAUGUGCCCUCCAUCACCACCACAGCUUGAAGUGGCUCAGCUUGGUGGGAAACAACAUUGGCAGUGUGGGCACCCAGGCCUUAGCUCUAAUGCUGGAGAAGAAUGUAUCGCUGGAGGAACUCUGCCUUGAAGAGAACCAUCUCCAAGAUGAAGACAUGUGUACCUUGGUGGAUGGACUCAAGAAAAAUUCAAGUUUGAAAGUCCUUAAGCUUUCCAACAACAACAUUACUCACCGAGGUGUUUCUGCCCUCCUUCAGGUUCUGGAAAGUAAUGCUACUAUUAGUUCAAUCUGGCUCAGAGGAAAUAACUUCACUCCAGAGGAAAUUGAGCAGCUCAGCCUUAUGGACUCCAGAUUUUUGCUUUGA